CAAACAAACCCUUAGUUAAAACCCUCCCAAAACCCUUUAUUUCCGUUUCCUUUUUCCUUUCUCUUCGAAUCCGAUCAUGUCUAAAACGCUGAGUCUAAUCAAAGCCAAUGCUUCCAACCCAAAGGUGUGGAUUGUGGCGGGAAUAACGGUGGCCGGAAUCAUAGUAGUGGCGGAGACGCGUAGGAGGAGGAGAAAAGCGAUGAUCAUCAAUAGAGAGGAUUUUGGCGCUUUCCUCGAACGCUUCGAGUUGAUUCCUUUCCCACAGCCUCCACCACCCGCCGCCAAACUUCCGUUAUCGGGCCUCACGUUUGCUGUCGAGGACAUAUUUGACGUGAAGGGUUACGUGACGGGGUUUGGGAAUCCUGAUUGGCGGAGAACACACGAACCUGCUGAUCGGACUGCGGUUGUGAUUACUGCUUUGUUGAAAAGCGGGGCUAAAUGUGUUGGCAAAACAGUUAUGGACGAACUGGCUUUUGGAAUGACGGGGGAAAAUAAGCAUUAUGGAACACCUACAAAUCCGACCAUGCCGUCGCACCUUCCGGGAGGUUCUUCAAGUGGUUCUGCAGUGGCAGUUGCUGCUGAACUUGUGGACUUCGCUCUAGGUACGGACACAAUUGGCUGCAUGAGGAUUCCAUCCGCUUUUUGUGGUAUUAUUGGGUUCCGACCAUCUCAUGGAGCCGUAUCUACGAUUGGAAUUGUUCCCGUUUCACAAAGUUUGGAUGCUAUUGGAUGUUUUGCUCGUGAUGCAUCUAUUCUACAUCGUGUUGGACAUAUUUUACUUCAACUAAAAGCGGUGGAACCUAGAAGGGGAAGGCAGCUUGUCUUUGCCGAUGACUUAUUCCAGCUCUCAAAGGUUCCCAGCCAAAAGACGGUGCAUGUUGUUAGCAAAGCAGUUGAAAAGCUUUCUGGAUACCAGCCUCCAAAGCAUGUCAACUUUUCUCUUUUUGUUACUUCAAAUGUACCUAGCCUGAAGGGUUUUCUUCAGCAUUCCACAAACCUACAAAAUGGAAUUUCUGCUUUGCUGGCUCUUUCUUCUGUCAUGGUGUCAUUACAAAGAUACGAGUUUAAAACAAACCAUGAAGAAUGGUUUAAAGAUGUUAAACCAAGAUUAGGACCUGAGGUUUCUCAUCGUGUUCUCGCUGCAAUGAACACUACGUAUGAGAAUAUAAAAAAUAUGUACAAAGUCAAGACUCAGAUACGGGCUGCUAUGCAAAGUCUUCUAAAGGAUGAUGGGAUAUUAGUGAUUCCCACAAUUGCAGAUCCUCCACUAAAGCUUAAUUCAAAGAAAGGAUAUUCCACGGAGUUUCAUGACAGAGCAUCCACGCUAUUGAGCAUCGCUAGCAUGUCUGGGGGAUGUCAGGUCUCUGUCCCAUUAGGAAAGCAUGAUGGUUGUCCUAUUUCAGUUUCAUUUGUCACAUACCAUGGAGCAGAUAAAUUUCUUCUUGAUACAGUUUUGGAUAUGUAUGCUUCUCUGCAAGACCAAGUGAGCGUUGCAUCCAAUUCAGCACCAUUGCCUGAUGUCAAUGGUAAUAUGGAUGCUUCUGAACUCUUGAAGGAAAAGGGAAAUGCUGCAUUUAAGGGAAAGCAAUGGAACAAGGCAGUUAAUUACUACACUGAAGCUAUUAAGUUGAAUGAGACAAAUGCGACAUACUAUAACAAUCGGGCAGCAGCUUUCUUGGAACUAGGAUGCUUCCAGCAAGCUGAAGAGGACUGCAAUAAAGCAAUAUCACUUGACAAAAAGAAUGUGAAAGCAUAUCUGAGACGUGGGACGGCCAGAGAAUCACUACUCUGUUAUAAAGAGGCCCUUCAAGAUUUCAAACACGCACUGGUUCUAGAGCCACAAAAUAAAGUUGCUAGCCUCGCAGAGAAAAGAUUAAGAAAACUGGUUAGUUGAUACACCCCUUCUCUGCUUCUUAUAUUGUCUAACGAAUAUGAAAGAGCGUCGAUCAAAGAUAUGUGCAAUCUUUGUGCAAUGUCGGCCCUUUGGAUAAACUAAAAAUCGAAGUAAAAAGCACAUAUCGUUUAGAGGGUGCCGACUGUUGCAGGUUUUGGCCGUAAUUUUAGUUUUGGAGACAUUGUUUCUUUGUAAUGAAUUCAUGUUGGAUUUGUUCAAUGUUG